CGUCUUUUCUCUUUACUUCUUUCCAAUUUUCCCUUUGUAUUUAUCACAGACACCCCUUUUGUAACGCAACGAGAUGACGUUUGUGGAUGUUUAUUGCGUUUUUAUCGCUCGCGAUUCUAUAAGGCUUUUCAGUCGUGUCGCAGAGAGGCUAAGCUAACGUUAGCCCCGCGUAGCUAUGUCGCUGAAUCCACAGAGUACACAUGAAACAUCCGUGCGCCCAUUAUCGGACGCAUACCACAUCCUUAUUUCCAGCCAUCGCAAUUGACGAUUGAAGUCCACUUGGAUCUUGUUACAGGUUUAUGGAAAUGACCUAGAGGCCUUAGAUACAUUUGUGCUCUUGUCACUGUAAUCUGCAUCCGCGGGCAAGUCCCACCUACCUCAGCUGGCACACAGACUGGAAAAGCAGGAAGCCGGCCGGUCGGGUGGAGUGGUGGACACACGGAUCUGAGAGGAGCACCUUGAGACGGACUGGAUCUGCCUCAUCAUCUGCCCACAUGUUUUUUAACCAUUUUGUAAGCUCCCUACUGUUGACCAGUGCUUUGUUUUUCUCACCUUUGCUUUCAAACUGAUUAUUUUCUACGUUCAUCUGUGAAGAAUUUCCAUCCGGACAAAAGCGAGACGCUGCAUGAAGAAUUAUUUUUUCCCUUUUUCAAAAGAAAGGCUCAUGCACUUUAAAGCUUGGCUCUAGGAUCAGUUUAUGUGAGGCUGUACCAGAAUCUUGGAGGCAUGCGUCUUUUUUUACGCAGCUGGCCUGCAUGUAAGCACUUCACAUAGGCUCGCCACUCCUGCCUUUGGCCUCCUCCAAGGCGCACUGAGAUGAGCCUCCGGCAGGCAGAAACCCUCAGUGGUCUUUUUACGUGACCUGGACUUUUUCCACGUUCAGUCGAGGGAAUUUUUUUUUCGAUUGGAGGCCUAAACAAAACAGGAUCUUCCGGUGCUGGUGCACCACCUAUGUAUUGUUGCAGCGGGCAGCAAAGUAAAAUGGACUACAAGCGUCGCUUUUUGCUCGGCGGGUCCAAGCAGAAAGUCCAACAGCACCAGCAGUACCAGAUGCCUGAGUUAAGCCGGACCCUUAACGCCUCGCUGGCCUCAUCCUGUUCGGCCUCCUCCAUGGGCGUUCCCGGCGGGUGCCACCCGCCCGCCGCCUCCUCCACAGCAGUGGCCGACAUCCAGCAGGGCAUCUCCAAGUAUUUGGACGCCCUCAACGUCUUCUGCCGGGCCAGCGCCUUCCUUACCGACCUGUUCAGUAGCGUGUUCAGGAACUCUCAAUACUCCAAAGCAGCUAUGCAACUGAAGGACGUGCAGGAACACGUCAUGGAAGCGGCCAGCCGGCUGACGGCAGCCAUCAAGCCGGAGAUCGCCAAAAUGCUCAUGGAGCUUAGCGCUGGGGCCGCCAACUUCAAAGAUCAGAAUGACUUCAACCUGCAAGAUGUUGAGGUCUUGGGUCGAUGCUUCUUGACGGUGAUGCAGGUACACUUCCAGUUCCUUUCGCAGACCUUGCAGAAAGUCCAGCCUGUGGCCCAGUCUUGCCUGGCAGAGGCUCUGGCGCAGGCUCAGGAGCGCUCGGCCAACGCUCGGGCUCAGAGUGCCGAGCUCGGGGCACUAACGGAGCUGGAGGAGGCCUCCCGUUCAUGGAAAGGUGCAGCUGAGGCCACAUCAAGGCUACGGGAGAGGGGUCGCGAUGGCUGCCUGGCAGGCCUCCAGGUCCAGCAGCUCUUCUGUUCACACAACACGAACAUCCCGGAGCACCAGCUGAAGGAGCUCAACAUUAAGAUUGACACCGCUUUACAGGCAUACAAGGCAGCACUGGAGAGCCUGGGCCACAGUGAGUAUGCGCUAAAGGCUGGCUUCCAUUUCAGCCCCAAGUGCGUGGAGGCAGCCUUGCAGGGCUGCUGCAGCGAGGCUGAAGCACAGCAGGCUGGUCGAAUGCAGACCACCUCCCAGCCUAUCCAACGCGAGUUGCCUACAAUUCCCGUGCAGAUUGGCACACAUUUUCUUAAGGGUGUGUCUUUCAACGAGUCUGCAGCGGAGAACCUCAAAUUGAAAAUGCAAACUAUGCUGCAGCUCAUUAAGGAGGCACUGGGCCAAAAUGGGGUGACCCCCAGGGAUGACUCCCCUGUCACCGAAGUGCUCAACCAAGUGUGUCCAUCCAGUUGGAGGGGAGCCUGCAAGACUGCUGUUCAGCUCUUAUUUGCCCAGGCUGGUCUGGUUGUGGUGGACACCGCUCAGAUCGAGAACAAGGAGUCAUAUGCGCCUCACAUCACCCUCGAAGGGUCCAGACUGGUGGUCCAGGUUCCUUCCACGUGGUGUCUGAAGGAGGACCCAGCCACCAUGUCCUUGCUUCAGCGUAGCCUUGACCCGGAAAAGACGCUCGGCCUUGUGGAUGUGCUCUACACAGCAGUGUUUGACAUAAAUAGAUGGAAAGAGAGGAAAGAGCAAUCCUUGCCGACGAUCCAGAUUCAACUGCAGCGGGAGAGCCCGGACUUUGCCGGCCAUGCUGAUUUGACACCUGGCACCAGCUCAAAGGCCAGCAGCGGUCUUCCUAAAACCAUCUCCAAGCUGACUUCCAAGUUCACCAGGAAGGUGUCGUCUAGCUCUAACAGCGGCGGAAGCUACUCCAUCCCUAGCACACCGUCCCGUAGCAUGCCAUCGGGUGGCGGCACUGACGACAAAGCCAAGAAUUUGGGCCACAGUGAGAGUCGUCUACACAGCCUGCUACAGAUGGGCGCCCUGUCUGCAGGCCCCGAUGCGGGCGCUCACAACCUGCUGGCUAAUGGUUUGGCGUGUGACGAGCAGGGCAUGAACCUCCCGACUGACCAGGAGAUGCAGGACGUCAUCGACUUUCUUUCAGGGUUCAACAUGGGCAAAUCCCAGCAGGCCUCCCCACUCGUCAAGAGGAGGAACUCUGUGGCGUCAGCCAACCCCGCCGAGCUCAAACCCCCUGCCGGGCCUGCUCCGACGUCCCCGGUUAUAUCUCACGGCGCCCAGCCUCCAACACCCCCGUCCCAACAGCAACAACAACCGCCCACACCUCGCCAGCCUUCCCCCCAAGCACUGCAGUAUUACCAGCACCUCCUGCAGCCCAUCAGCCAACAACAACCACAACAACCGCAAUUGCCACCACAACUCCCUACCCUGCAGCAGAGGGCGGCCAGCAAGUGGCCCGGCUCGUCUGGCCAGCAACCUCCGCCCGGAGGGUUGUCACCCCUGGGUCCCAUCGGCCAGUGGGGCGGCUCCCCAGGGCUGCCAGACUUAAGCUCGGACUUGUACAGCCUGGGUCUGGUGAGCACAUACAUGGACAGCGUCAUGUCUGAGGUGCUGGGCCAGAAGCCCCAGGGGCCCCGCAACAACACCUGGCCCAACAGGGAUCAGAGUGACGGAGUCUUCGGGGCCUUGGGAGACACGCUGCCUUUUGACCCCGCAGUGGGCUCUGACCCAGAAUUUGCGCGUUACGUGGCCGGCGUGAGCCAGGCCAUGCAGCAGAAGCGCCAGGUGCAACACCCACGCCGCCCCAGCAACCCUCGUAGCAACUGGCCCAUGCCUGAUGAACAGCACCGGACGUGGAUGCACCCAGAGUUCUACAGCGAGGGUGAGGCGGUCAGUACCAGCUGGUCGGCCAAUCAGGGAGACUCCGCCAGCUCUAGCGAUGAGACCUCCUCUGCUAAUGGAGACAGCCUCUUCUCCAUGUUCUCUGGACCCGAUCUGGUGGCGGCCGUCAAGCAAAGAAGGAAACACAGCUGUGGUGAGCCAGAAGCGUGCACUUUGCCCUCACCGGCUCUCCAUCAUGUGGCUGAUGACAACCAGGACAGCAAAACGAAAACAUGGCCUCCCAAAGCGCCGUGGCAGCACUCGGCCCACGGCUGCGUGACAGAUCCAACAUCUUCCUUGUACCACCAGAUAAACCUAGCGCCACCAUCGUCGUCUCAGUGGAGCGACUCCAUGCAGAUGCUGCGCUCGCCAGUGUGGGCUGCCGCCAGCGGAGGGGGCGGGGAUUGCUCCCCUUCGUCAGCCGCAGUUUCCUCACCGUUCCCUUUCAGUCAACAGCAACAGCUGAAAGGCAUGAAGGCCUUCAAGUCGUUCCCCCUAAAACACGAGCACAGGUCCUCCUUCCUGCAUCAAUACUGAGCCUGCAACACAACACACUGGCUUGAUCUUCACGAUUUUUUUCACCCACAUAUUUCCCCAAGGACUACCAGGGCCACGCUGGCAGGAAAAAUAUAUAGCAAGACCACCAGAAAGGCGAAAAAAAAGAUUCAAAUUCCAACUUUUAAGACAAUUAAAUCUAUGAAAGUAAAUCCGUGCCACUGGAAUUUGAAUUUGUAAUGCAUUUUUUCAGCAUCAAAAUCCAGAGUAAUAAAAGCAAAAUAGCCGCAAAAAAUCAGUUGUUAAAAUUCUGUUGCAAAAACAUCACUGCCCAAAAAUUUGAGCUGCAGCAUCCAGGGAGAAGCAAUCAAUCCCAGUCUCAUUUCCACACUCACAGCAAUCACAAGAUAAGAGUAUUAGGGUCAUAAAAAGAAAGAAAAAAAAUAUAUGAGAAUUAAUUCGUAACAUUACGAUAGUAAAGUCUUACAUUGGUUAAUUUUGUAUGAAUGCCGUACGGCUAAGUUGAGCAAACUUAGCUGCUAAGUACUCUGAACACCUCCGUUCAAAUGAACAAAUAAGUUGGAAGUAUCAGUUUAAAUACUUAUUGAUUAUAAUUUGACGUAGAUAUGCCAAAAGAUUAAGGAUCUUAUUUGUGAAGAAUCCUACAGCCUCACAAGAUGCUCUCAAUACUGUUCAUUUUAUCAGAGGUGGCGAAGCACUAUGUAAAGUACAUGGUAACUAAUUUAAAUUAGCCUCACCGCAUCCAUACAUACUACAUAUACUUAAUAUAACGACUUGAAUCUCUUUAUAUUACAACUUUUUCCUCAUAACAUUAUGUAACGUUACAUGAUAUUAUGACUUUAUUUUCAGUCCUCCCUUCGGUUGUUAAUCUGUUUCCUAUGCUAAAUUACUAUAUGGUCAAUGUAAAACAGUUAACUUUUAAAGCAACUGCUUUGUCUAUUACCGUCAAGGGAAGCCAGAAUUAAACGAACGUUUGACUUUUGGUAUAUAACAUUGUUUUCUUGGACCCGUUUUAAUUAACGUGGCCCUGGUACUCCUACAUACAAUAAUGAGCUGAAAUAGUGAAGUUUACCCUCUUAGAAAAUAGGUAGAGGUCUGAAAUGUCAAUCAUAGAUGCAUUUCCACUCAGAGACAUAAUCUAAAAAAAACCAAAAAAAAACAAAUCACACUGUAUUUUUUUUAAAAAUUAUUUGUAAUUGGGGUUCAUAAGUAUUUGCACCCCUGACAAAUAAUGACAAAAAGUUGUCAGUCUACCUUAAAAAAAGUCCUUUUCCCCAUUGAGUAACCCACCACCAGUUUGAGCUCAAUAUUUUCACCAGUGCACCCCACUGUCAGUCAUAAUCCAACUGCUUCCAUGGGAAAGACCAGAGAGCUUUUGAAGAAAAAAAAAAAAAAACGGGAAAAAAUUUUUGCGCUCCACAAAGCUGGAAAAGGCUAUGGGACAAUUGGAAAGCAGCUUGGUUAGGAUAAAUCAACAGUUGUAGCAAUUGUUAGAAAAUGGACAAGGUUAAACAUAACUGAUAAUCUACCUCAGACUGGGGCUCCAUGUAAAAUAUUUCUAGUAGGGCAUCACGAAUUAUGAGAAAAGUGAGGGCUCAGCCUGGAACUACACGACACGAGCUGGUCAAUGUCCCGAAGAGAGCUGGAUGCACAGUUUCAAAGGUUACUGUCAGUAAGACACCGUGAUGAAAUGGUUUAAAAUCAUGCAUUCCGCAGAAGGUUCCCCUGUUGAAGCUCGUAUAUGUGAAGGCCAGUCUGAAGUUUGCCAGGGACCAUCUGAAUGAUGCAGAGGGAUCAUGGGAGAAAUUCAUUUGGUCAGAUGAGACCAAAGUAGAAGUUUUUGGUGCAAACUUGUACUCAUUGUGUGUGGAGGAAAAAGAAGGUUGCGUACAAUCCCAAGAACACCAUCCCCGCUGUGAAAUCUGGGGUUGGAAACCUCAUGCUUUAGGGAUGCUUUUUGGCAAAAGGGGACAGGACGACUAUACUUUAUAAAGCAUUGGAUGAAUGGUGGAAUUUAUCCUCAGAUUUUGAGCCACAACCUCCUUUUCUCAACCGGAGACCUGAAGAAUAGUCGUGGCUGGAUCUUCCAACAUGACAAUGAUCCGAAGCACACAACGAAGCUGACCAAGGAGUGGCUGCGUAAAAAGCAUUUCAAGGCUCUGGAGUGGCUUAGGAAGUCUCCAGACAUUAAUCCAAUAUUUUUUUUUUUCCGUGUUUCUCAACGACAGCCGCGAAACCUGACAGAUCUAGAGAAGAUGUGUGUGGAGGAAUGGGCCAAAAUCCCUGUUUCCAUAUGUGAAAACCUGGUGAAGAACUACAAUAAGCAUCCGACCUCUGUAAUAGCAAACAAAGGCUAAAUAUUACUAAAUAAAACAAUACAAAGGCUAAUUAUGACUAAAUAUUAGGACAAUUUUUCUCAGGGGUACAAAUACUUAUGAACCCCAGUAAAUUAAAAAAUUAUUGAAAAAUCAUAGAAUGUGAGUUGUGGAUUUAUUUUAUGUCUCCAUAAGUGGAAAUGCAUCUAUGAUUGAAAUUUCCGAACUCUACCUAUUUUCUAAGCGGGUGAACUCAUUUUGCCAUUUCCCCUCCUAACGACUUAUUCCUACAAGUAAGCGGUCAUUUCUCUUCCUUUGGGGCAAGAGCUGGGGACAGCUUAAAAGCAAACCUUGUGCGUAAAGUGAGCUGUAACUGCCAAAUGUACAGCUGACGUGUACAUGAAACGUUUCACUUUUUUCGUAACAUUUUUAAAGAGGCUUUGAGCAGGCUCAGCACAGUUAACACGCAAAUACACUUUUUUUUUUUUUUUUUUUUUUUUUAAAGAUUUAUUUUCCGUAUAUGAAAUGUGCCAUUUUGCCAGCCAAAUUGGAUACUGCGACUUUUUUCUUCUCAUCAGUAUUACUAAUCCUACUUCAUGGCUUGUUUCCACUUCCUGAAUUACGUGAAAAGAAGCACACUAGUCGCCCAUUUUACCAAAUAUGCUAUUUUUAAGUUCUUAUGGCAAAAGCCCCGAAUGUUUUUUUUGUGAUGUUUGCAGAUGCCAAUGUUGCCUGUAUUUAUGAAAUGACACCAGAAGAAAACUAACACUUCAAAAAUGUUUACAGUUUUGCUGUAUAUACAUAUAAAUAUAUCUUUUUAUAGUUAAAAUGUGCUUUGCACAAUCAAGAUAGGUUUUGCUUUUUUCUUCCAUUUCUAAUGACAGACUUGUAACUGUUAGCUGACCCCUCACCCCUUCUUUCUCGUGUCAUAAGUUUACUAUUAUGGCAGGAAGGGGAAAAACAAAAUGGGUGACAUAAGAUGAGGUCAACUAAAGGGGACGCGGCUGCUUAGCUUACGUUGCUUCUUGUUCUUUUUAGCUGGCGACCACAAAUCUUACCAGCAAUGCAAAAAUAAAAAAAUUUUAAACUAGCAAUGUGACUGGAAAUGUUUAUUUUUGUACUUAGAGAGGUAGCAUUUCAACAAACAUCACACAUUUCAAAAAGUACAAUUCUUAAUAACUUAUAUUACUAUUUUUCAGGCCACACCGAUACGAAAAACAAUCCUUUCUAGGGCAACUAACUCAUUGAUAGCGCUAGACGUCCAAUCAGUUUUGAUUGGGAGAAGCAGGCAGCGAUCGAAAUGAGUGGGACCUUUGAGGUUUUUCUCUAGCUCUCCCAGUCAAAAUGGAUAGGGCGUUCAAUAGAAGGGAACACGUACUAUCCCCCCCAAAAAAAUCAUGCAAGCCACAACCGGAGUAUAUUUGUUUUCAUUUUGGUCAUUUAUAGUUUUAUUCAUUCAUAAAAAAUGAUUAAAAAUUUUUUUUGUAAUGGCCUACACCACUGAUGUACACCACGUAUGUGGAUGCUAGGUCUUUAUAGGAAUAAUUACUAUAAUUUUCAAGUAACCCAAAAUAUUCACUUGCCCUAUAAAAAGUUAACAUUGCAAAAGUAGGUUUGUUGUCUUACAAAAACAUGACUUCAAUAUAAUAGCAGGAAUGUUUUUUCCCCCCAUAUUUGUUUAAUUUGCACAUUUCAAUUUCGGAAGAAACAUUUUUAAAUUUGGAAAAUUUUAAUUGUAAACCUAAUCUUUUUCUUCUUUAAUGUAGAUAUCUAAGAGAAUGUCCACAUUUACAAAUAUUUCCAAUAUUGAUUUUUUAUUAUUAUUUGUAAAACCAGAAGUUAUUAUGGUUUCAUUUUUUUCCCACUAUAAAAGACGGCAUUUUGGGGCGAGUGGUUAUAUUUUUACUCUGUAAUCAUUUCAAAUGUUGUUAUAU